CCAUCACCCAUACCGUCACUCGCUCUCACUAGCUACUAGCCCACAUUUCACAAGUUACGCAGUGCCAUCAUGCCAAGCGCCAGUGCCGCAAGCCCUUCGUCCAGACGUGCCCAUCCGAAGUACAGCGAGAUGAUCGCCGCUGCCCUCGAGGCCUUGAAGGAGCGCAGGGGAUCCUCCCGCCAAGCGAUCCUCAAGUUCAUCCUCGCAACCUUCACGGUCGGGGAUGAGAAAGCUGCCGGCGUCCACCUGAAGCAGGCCCUGAGGAGAGGCGUCGCCGACGGGUCCUUGGAGCAGACGAAGGGCACCGGCGCUUCCGGCUCCUUCAGACUUUCUAAGGAGGAAGUUAAGAAGAACAUCGUUAAAAAGACAACUGCGAAGAAAUUCACCGCUAAGAAGGACGCAAAGAAACCCACCGCUAAGAAGGUUGCAAAGAAACCCACCGCCAAGAAGGUUGCAAAGAAACCCACCGCCAAGAAGGUUGCAAAGAAACCCACCGCCAAGAAGGUUGCAAAGAAACCCACCGCCAAGAAGGUUGCAAAGAAACCCACCGCCAAGAAGGUUGCAAAGAAACCCACCGCCAAGAAGGACGCAAAGAAACCCACCGCCAAGAAGGACGCAAAGAAACCCACCGCCAAGAAAGACGCAAAGAAACCCACCGCCAAGAAGGACGCAAAGAAACCCACCGCCAAGAAGGACGCAAAGAAACCCACCGCUAAGAAGAGCGCAAAGAAAGUAUCGCCCAAAAAUUCCAAGGCUUCAAACAAAGCGACGACCAAAGUAACAAAGAAAACCGCAGCAGCAAGGUCUACCGCGAAGGCAGCAAAGGCACCCAAAGCAAAAGUUACCAAGAAGUCCAAAGCUUAGCGGCGAGAAACUACUACUCGCCGAUAUAGUGCGACCAACACUUUUAAGUCCAGUGUGCCAGCCUGUAUAAAUUUUGCUUUCAGAUACGUUUGAAAUAAACACAAACACACAUAUAUAGUUA